AUGAAACGCGGCGCACUGGUACAGCUGAAAUGCGCUAUUCAGCAUUACGAUUGGGGCGUUUCCGGACAAACCCCAAGCGCGGUGGCUGAACUCGGUUCUUUAAACAGAGAGGAAAAAAUUGAUGAAGAGAAACCACACGCGGAGUUAUGGAUGGGGACGCAUCUGAGCGGACUGAACGUGAUUAAAGAAACUGAUUCUUCUUCUUCUUCUUCUUCUUCUUCUUUAAAGCAACACGUGGAAGCGAACGCGAAGGAAACGCUCGGGGAGAAAUGUUUAAAAAGGUUUGGGAACGAUUUACCGUUUUUGCUGAAAGUUUUAUCCGUGGCGAAAGCGCUUUCGAUCCAAGCGCAUCCGGAUAAACAGUUAGCGGAGAAGUUACACGAAGAGAAACCGCACAUGUAUAAAGACGCGAAUCAUAAACCGGAGAUGGCGUUAGCGGUGACUGAAUUUGAAGCCAUGAGCGGUUUUAUUAGCGAACCGAAAGAAGCGUUGGAGAAGUGCCCGGAAUUGAAACUGUUGACCGGGAUUCGUUUGGAAGAGAUGGAUGCCAUGAAAGAAGAUAAGAAAGCGCAGAUGAAAUAUUUGUUCACGAAAGUGAUGUUGGCGGAAAAAGAAGAGGUGGCGAAGCACGUGCGAGCGCUGGUGAAACGAUUAAAGGAGGAGGCAGAAGGAAAAGGAGGAAACGGCGACGACGAGAGAGACCGGUUGGCGUUGAGAUUGAACGGACAAUAUCCAGACGACGUCGGCGUCAUGUGCGCGUACUUGUUGAAUUACAUCAAGUUGCAACCAGGAGAGGCGGUAUACAUGGCGGCGAACGAACCGCACGCGUACUUGGACGGCGAAUGCGUGGAAGUCAUGGCGACGAGCGAUAACGUCGUGCGAGCCGGGUUGACGCCGAAAGCGAGAGAUACGGAAAUCUUAUGCGACAUGUUGACGUACAAGUUGGGGAAACCAGAGGUUCUCACGGGAGAUGUCAUCGAUAAAAACACGAAACGAUAUUCGCCUCCGUUUGACGAGUUCGAGUUGGAAGUCAUCUCGUGCUCGAAAAACGAAACCGCGGAAUUGACGGUAAGCCAAGGACCUUCGAUUUUGCUCGUGAAAAACGGGAAAGGUACACUCAACGGCGACGUUAUGAUUGAGAAAGGAUCGGUCGUUUUUGCCAACGCCAACGAGAAGAUGACUUUGACGAACAGCGACGACGGCGAGGUUUCCAUCUAUCGAGCGCAAGUCAACACUCGCGUCUUUUAA